CCAUGAGUAUCAGGCUGCUGAGGCUGGACCAUCUCCUCCUCACUUCCAUCCUGACUGCAGUGUGUGGUCUGAUUCUACACUGAGGGACUCAGGAUGCUGUUGCUCCAAGCUGUUCUAUUGCUACUAGUCCUGCCGAGUCCGGGUGAGGUUACCACGACUGAAGAGACUCUGCCCAAGGAGGGCUGCGCAGGUUGGAUGGCAGGCAUCCCAGGGCAUCCUGGCCACAAUGGGACCCCAGGCCGUGAUGGCAGAGAUGGCACCCCUGGCGAGAAGGGUGAGAAAGGAGAUCCAGGUCUUGUUGGGCCUAAGGGUGAUGCUGGUGAAACUGGAGUGCCUGGAGUUGAAGGUCCCAGAGGCUUUCCGGGAAUCCCAGGCAGGAAAGGAGAAGCUGGAGAAAGUUCCUAUGUAUACCGCUCAGCAUUCAGUGUAGGAUUGGAGACCCGAGUCACCGUCCCCAAUGUUCCCAUUCGUUUUACCAAGAUCUUCUACAAUCAGCAAAACCACUAUGAUGGCACCACGGGCAAAUUCCACUGCAACAUUCCUGGGCUGUACUACUUCUCCUACCACAUCACAGUCUACUUGAAGGAUGUGAAGGUCAGCCUCUACAAGAAGGACAAGGCUGUGCUCUUCACCUAUGACCAGUACCAGGACAAGAACUUGGACCAGGCCUCAGGCUCUGUUCUCCUCUAUCUGGAGAAGGGCGACCAAGUCUGGCUCCAGGUGUAUGGGGAUGGAGAUCAUAAUGGGCUCUAUGCUGAUAAUGUCAAUGACUCCACCUUCACAGGCUUCCUUCUCUACCACGACACCAACUGAUUACCACUAACUCAGAGCCUCCACCAGGCCAAACAGCCCAAAAGUCAAAGAACAGUCCACAGGUUUCCAUUGUAGUUAGGAGAAUGAUUUUAUUAUCUAGUUGGAGGGCUCUGAACAUUAGUCACUCAUUUACUCAUUCAUUCAUUUACCAAGUACCUUUAAAAAAAUCAUAUAUUGUGUUCCCAGUCCUGAAGAAGACAUAUUCCCUGGCCUCAAGAGUCUGGAUGUAUUGGCAAUGAGAGGAUGGUAACAUUUACUGGGGAGUUUCAGAUACAUGACAAGAUAAACUACAAGAAAGUCUUCGACAAUGCUAUUCUGUGCCCCCUGUUUCUCCUGAUGUUCAUGCCAGUCCUGUGAGGUACACAGGAAAGAUAUUAUUCUUCUCUUUUUAUACUUGGGGUCCUGAGGCUGAGACAGUUAAGUGAAUACCUAAGGUCACAUAGGUAUUCACUGGCGGAGCUAGAAAUCAAACCCAGGGCUGUGGCCCUUUUCCACUAGCCUGGGUCCUUUUUACAGAAUAUACGGCCUCUUUGGGGAUGUUGGUAGGGGUCUCCCACCUAGCUCACCUGGCUCACCUUUGAAUUUGCCUUCAUCGUACGUUAAGCCUUUCCCCCAGCAGAGCUCCCUCAGAGAAGGUGGUUCUAUGACUAGGUCUCAUCCCAGAGGGAUGAAUCAGUGGCCCCUGCGCUAUUCUGUACUCCUCUUCUCCGUGUCUUUCCUUAUACUCUUCCCUCUGGCCCAGAAAGCCAACUCCAUCUCCAAGUGCUGAAAUCCUCCCUGUUCCUCAAGGCCACCUGGUUGAGAAGCUUCUCUGAUGAGACAGCUCUUUCCUGCAAACCUUCCUCGCACACUGUUCCCCUGUGACCCUCCGCAUGUGACCCUGGAGGAGAAUCCUGGGUAUGGGAGACAGCCUCCCACCAGGCCAGGGACAACUGCCUGGGGAGGACUGUGUUUCCUUUCCCUCUGAGUCUCCCGGCAGGUUUACGACAAAUGCCUCAUGAAGACCAGUCUCUUGAAUCUCACAUCUACCCAGAAUUGACUCCAUUUCAGUCUCUCCAUGUAACUAAUCCUUAUCUACAAAAAACAUUUUUAUUUUAGGAACUCCCUGAUUGUGAGCAUCCAAUCUUUGCUCCACUGAACAGCUGAAUCUUUUCCACUGGGGUUAGGGAUGAUCAUGCCUUCCAGAACACUUAAAGAAUUUUCCCUCAAGGAGGUAGCUUGAGUCUGUGAUGAAAAACCCACAAAGGAGUUCGGAAACCAUUCUUUCCUUGAGUACCAGCUGGAUCUGGGAAGACGGGCCUUCUGAGUCUAUUCUUGUUCUUUAACAAUUCCACAAAAAGAAAGAAGAAAAGAAAAUGAUAACAAUCUGAAGUGAUGGAUAUGUUAAUUAGCUUGUUUGUGGUGAUUAUUUUACAAUGUGUAUGUAUCUUCAAAUUCUACAUCUUAAAUAUACGCAAUUUUUUACUGUCAAAAAUUCUUCAAAAAAAUUACAGAUCGUUGAUAGUAAUAAACAGCUUCUCAGGAGAGAAUAGCUUGAGUAACACUCUUCAAAGAUUUUAGCAAAAGCAGAAUUAAUAGGAUUCUGGAUAAAUAUAGAAGUGGAAAACCUAUUUUUUGCUUACGGUUUUAAAUUCUGAAUGAUUCCCUUUUAUACGUGUACUGCUGUUCAUUAACUAUUAUUUCUACAUAUAGAGCCUUGUCUCUUAAAAUGCUUACCUAUCAUUAUUUUCAAGUAAAGAUACUGUCCAGCAUUAAAAGCAGAAGCACUUGCAUCACGUGCCUUUUGUUUUCAUUUUUGGAGAAAGACAUGGGGGUUAGAGAGGAACAAAGCGAUAAACCUUGUGUUAGGCAAGAUUCUACGUUGUAAACGACAGAAAAUCCAACUCAAACUAACCUAAGGAAAAAAAGGUAUUUCCUUGCAUAAUGGGAAAUAUCAGAGCUGUUCUGUCUUCAGGUAAGGCUUGAACUAGUGGCUCAAGCGAUAUCAUCCAAGACCCUUUUCUGUCUGUGUUUCCACUCUGCAUUCAGCGGGGUAGGCGUCCCUUUCAGGCUCUAUACUGUCUAGUUCUAGGCUCUCCCUCAUGAUAUCAAAAAGACUGUAACCUGGGUAAUUGUAGGGCUCACUUCAUUUGUUUCCCUUCUCUUACGGAUCAUAGUCCUGCACUACCUGUUGUCCAAUAUCUGAAAUUUAUUUUUCGUCUAUUUCCUCCAGUUUUCUAGUUGCUUAUGGUGGGAGGAUAAUUCCAGACUCCAUUAAUCUGUCAUGGUUGGAAAUGCAACCCCAGAGUUUUAAGGAUAUUUCAUCAGUUACAGUUCCAGCUUAUAAAUCUUUCGUUCUUUUUGCCUUCAGUACUAUGAAUA